GGGCAUGCGCAUAACGUUCCAGAGUCAAGAUGCCUUCCGCGCGCUCUCGUUGGCCAGUCUCCACAGCUGCAGCAGGAAUGGUAAAGUGAAUGUUUCUUUUAAAAAAACUGUUUGACAAGGACAUUUUAAAGCUGAUAUCAAUCCCGAGAACAUUGGUGGACUACAACCCUCUUUAAGAGACAUUUUCUGCUAUUUUUUUAGCCACCGGAGUACGACUGCUACACCGUGUAGGAGGAGCCAGCGGCGUGUUUCCGUUAACAGCAGGCCGAGCUGAGAGAGAGGCACCGCGGUGUGAAAUCUAUGCUGCCACCCUGAGAAUUACCGAACAGAGGAGGAACUGUAAUCAGGGCAACAUUAAAGUACACUUUGUUUGGGAGCUUUCGUUGCCCACUUUUAAAAAGGAGCACUAAUAAAGCUGAAGGAGGGGCAGCUGGACUGUCAGCAAUGGAAGCCGAGUUUCGGGAAAUCGAUGAAAACGGGAGUUGGAGCGCUGUUUAUCAGGUAGGACCUUUCAGUAAAAUCAAGGUGGAAAUGAGACUGUAGUGGUGAAGAUGUCACUUGUGGAUCACAUUAUAAUCAUGGCAGAGUGAGUGGGCGUACUGCAGCCCUGUACCAGCCUUUGUAGUCAUUACCCUUGUAUAGUCCCUGUUCCGUUUGCUCUGUGACCAAAUCCGGUGAUUGAUGAGUCUGUCUGGGUCUCUCUCAAGCAGCACAUCAGUGAUCCAACAAGGACAAUACUUGAUCAGGAAAAGAUUAUUUAAUUAUAUUAUUGAUAUUCCUGAAUUUUUGCCAAUUCAAUUAAUUUUUAAAGGUUUUCUCACAAAGUGUCCAUCCAUCAGAGUCCAGCAUGAAUCAGCUGAUAUUAUAUUUUGACUGCACAGUUCCCCUUACAUCCCUGCUUGCUCAUGAGUUGGAAAUAUUUUGCAUUUUCUUGUCAUAUCAUCCAACACAAGGGUUAGUAUGAUGAGUUUUUCCACAUCCUUUUAUAAGGAAAUAGGAAGAGGUAACACCAGCUUUUAUGAUCAUUUUCACAUGCUCACGCCUCCUCUAGACCAAUCCUGCAACAUCCACACUGCACUGAGUAGUAGGUGUUAUUUAACUGUAAGUGUUUUUGUUUAUUCUUUCACAGGAUAUUCGCCAGCAGUCAUGUGAUCUCCCGUGCAAGUUUGCCAAAUUACCAGAGAACAAGAAUAGGAAUCGUUACCGAGAUGUUAGCCCAUGUAAGUUUCUGUUGAAUGUUUGCAUGAAGGGAACAAAAUAUUCUCCUGUAGAGGGACAAUGCCCUCUUCCUGGAACCCUCAUUGUGUUCAAAUAUCGGCCAGCUUAGGGGUUACAUCAGCAUCAAGCUGAGCUGAGUCUAAUACAGGUGAUUAUGUUAUACAAAUAUAUGAUGUUGACCUCUGAUGCAAUUGUGCUAAGGUUUAUUUGAAGCCAUACUAAGUCAUUGUUACACCAUAGGUGGAGCAUUGCAUCACUCUGAUCUAUUUAAAGUGUAUUUAUUGAUUUUCUAAGUAUGUUUAUAAAGCCUGUGCAUGCAGGUUGAGCUUACAGGAGCAAGAGGCUUUCAUUGCAGGCGUGUUAAGCACUAUUAAUAUCAUUUAUAUUGUUAUGAUAAGUGAGACUGAGCACAUUAAACCACAAUAACAUGAAUAUAAAUUUGUCAGGGGUUAGCAAAAGAUCAUUUGCAGCUGUAUUCCCACAGGAGCGCAGCAACUAAUAAAGUGAAAGAAUAACAGUCUGUCUCAGCUAUCUCAAUCUGAUGAUACAAGAGGACAAAUAUACAAACAAAAAGUUAGAGUCGCUUUUAAAAAUCAGAUCAUUCAUUUCUCAGCAGAGUUUGAUGACAUUUCCUCUGUCAUAAAAUAUCUUAACCCUGCAGUGUUUCUUUCAUUUGUACUUUCCAUGUAAAGUUGCGAUCCAACAGCUGGUUGUGCGGUUUCCUCUCUUUUCACACUGUUAAAGAUAUGCAAAUAUUUCAGCCCAGAGAGUGCAAAUAGUUACUGUACAUGCUAUCAAGCAUGGCUUUGUCACUUUUAACAAGAAGUGAAAAUCAGUAACCUGGAACUAGCUCAUGCUGUUGACUUAAAACCUGAAAUAAACUUACCAGAAAAGUUUUCUCUUUCUUGGUAUGAAAGUAGAGAGUUCACACCUGCACACCUCACAAAAACAGACUCACCAUUUGUUCUCAGCAGCUGUAUGUCUCUGUGAAUGACAUAGUAGUGCCCCUGUGUUGUGACAUAUUAAUAACACUCACACUCCUUUUUCUUCCUGUCAGUUGACCACAGCAGAAUAUGUCUGCAGCUGGGUGCGAACGACUACAUCAACGCCAGCCUGAUCACAGUAGAGGAGGCACAGAGGAACUAUAUUCUCACUCAGGUAAGCUUAGAGAAGUUUUCGCAGUUCUCUUCUGGGAAUCGGACAGAUCAUCACACCUCUCUCAGAACCCUUAUGUUGAGUAAUGUUUGUUAUUAAGUGGGAAAUUGGUGGGGAGUCAUCUUUAGUCGGGAAAUAUACAUGAGAAGAUGUCGUCAUGGAGUGACAAGAGGUGGAGGGAUCAUUUAACACAAACAGUUUUAACAGAAUUCAGUAUGACAUCCUUACAAAGAACAUCCUCCACCGUGGAAUUAACAUCUCUAAAACAAAAUAUCAUAGUAUUUAUUGAUUUAGGAUUGAUGUGAAGACUGUUGUAUUAGACUGCAUUUAUUUAAGCUAGGCGUGCCCUAUAAACUGCUAACUGUGGGUAAACAAUAAAUGAGUGGCCUAUAAAAUAUGAUGUAUUAUUAGCCCAUGAUAACAGCUCCUCCUGUGGGCACUCAUUAGUGGGUUCUGGUAAAUAAAUAGCCAAUCAAUAAUUAAUGAAGCGAAAACUUUGGUUAAGUACAUUAAUAGGCACUUAAAUCUUCUGCUAUCCUCUCACAGCUUCAUUAUAUCGCCCUUUAAAAAAAUCGUACUCUAAUUUACAGAGACCACUGAACAACACAGUCAUAAUUUAACAUGUUUACUUUGACAUGACUGAACAUAGGAUCAAAGUCUGCAUGCAGAUCAUGUCAAAAUGGUCAGUGGCUAAGCUAGCGCCACCAGCCCUCGGUCCUCUGUGCAGGUGAACACCCAGGUAACAUACCUGUGCAAGUAACACAUUGCUCUAGCUGAGUGGUUACGUGCUGGUUUAACCAAACAACGCCCACAUACAACCUUAUCUCCAUUUUUUAGAUCAAAAUAUUGCCCAGCUGUGUCACAGAACAAGAUAAAAUCAGUCGUCUGUGCCUGUUUACAUCCAGAUAGUUGAGCUUUAUUGGGCAGCUGUGGCUCAGUGGUAGAGUAGGUUGUCCUCUAAUAGGAAGGUUGUGGAAUUGAUCCAAUACUUGGCCCCACCCUACCCUGUUGGCUGCAACCUGUGGUGUGUGAAUGGAGUUUAUUUUACUGUGUAAUGGCAUCAGGUAUAAACUGGAGCUACAGCCCCAGCUGGUGGCAGGUGACUGUGCUGCAGCUCAGGCACAACAGAAGAUCAGCAUUAUGGGCCUCAAAAGAUCAAAUGAUAAUAAUUAGUUUCCUCGCCUAAUACUUCAGACAACAACUAGCAAGGAUGGCUACAUUUAAAUGUUUGAUGGACUAAACAUCUUUAAUUAAAACAGGUUUCAAGUUGUUUCAAUAAGCACUCUUUAUUCUUGCUCAGGGACCCCUUCCAAACACAUGUGGCCACUUCUGGGAGAUGGUGUGGGAGCAGAAGACCCGCGGCGUGGUGAUGCUGAACAGAGUCAUAGAGAAAGGAUCUGUAAGCACCGGUCUUCUUUCUGUUCAGUGUAUCCUCUUACUAUCCAGCUAUGUGUUUGUGCACCAAUAACCCGAGCAAUGCUGCUUUCUAUUUCUGUUCCCGUCAUUUGAUUGAAGAUAAAAUGUGCCCAGUAUUGGCCUCACAGAGAAGAGAGAGAUGCUAUCUUUGAAGACACAAAUUUCAAGCUCACAUUCGUCUCAGAAGACAUUAAAUCUUACUACACAGUCCGGCAGCUGGAGCUAGAAAAUCUGUCUGUAAGUCUCUUUCUCAGUCUCUUUAGAUUUUUUGAAAUAAAUCUUGGGUAAAAGUCGACUUUGUUUUAAAGAUUUUUCCGUGAUUUUCCUUCUAGACUCAAGAGACUCGUGAGAUUUUACACUUUCACUACACCACCUGGCCUGACUUUGGGGUACCAGAGUCUCCUGCCUCCUUUCUUAACUUCCUGUUCAAGGUGCGAGAGUCGGGUUGUCUAAACUCGGAUCAGGGACCAGUGGUGGUCCACUGCAGCGCUGGAAUUGGACGCUCUGGGACUUUUUGUCUUGUGGACACCUGCCUCUUAUUGGUUUGUACAUAUCAAUGUCACAGGCAGCCUUUUAGCAGCACCUGACUGUAGCUCUGUCAGAACUAAAGUGAACGUUUGUCAUGUUGGAUGUAGAUGUCCAUGCGUAAGGAUCCGUCUUCAGUGCGUAUCCGUGAUGUGCUGCUGGAGAUGCGGCGCCAUCGAAUGGGUUUGAUUCAGACCGCAGACCAACUUCGCUUCUCCUACCUCGCUGUCAUUGAAGGUGCCAAGUACAUCAAGGGAGAUACAUCGCUGCAGGUGAGUCCUGACUCUCUAUUCUGCUCUCUGCUGACCCGGUGUUUCUUCCUGUGAAUGAAAACCUGCAAUAUCUUACAAAUCUACCAGUUUAUUUUGAUUUAUUUGCAAAUACUAAGACGGAUUUUUGUUUUGUUUUUGUUCCAAGGAGUCAUGGAAAGAGCUGUCAAACGAGGAAGACGAUCCUCCGGAGUUCACCCCUCCUCCUCCUAUUCCUCCUCCCAGAGAUCCACACAACGGCAAGGUUGAGCCAUUCUUUUUCCCCGAAACCGAUGAGAUCAUCCAGCAGAUGAUGUUUGGCAAUCUGGGGUAAUUAUGGAAGUGAUGCUUUAGGAAAUUUGCUUUCGUAUAGACUCAUUUGAUAAAAGUGCUUUUUUCCCCCAAAGAACAGAAUUACGUUUACCUCAAAAAAACAUCUUUUUUAUUCUUUAGCUUCAGUUAACUGAGCAGCUCUCACACCUGGCAGCAAAAUAUUUAUUUAUGAAUGACUAAAUCUAAAAAUAGAAGUGACCAGUGUUUUCUCUGUGAUGGCAUUAAAGCUGUUCUGUGUCUCCAUCAGGUCCUCACAAGAGACAGACUUGCGAAAGAGGAUUGUCACUGCCUCCAGUCCUCCUCCUGACUGUGGAGAUCAGCUUGAUGGUCAGGCGGGAAUCCAAGAUCAAACCUCAAAAGCUCCGACCAAAACCCAGCAGCAGCAGCAGCAGCACCUCGAGUCUGAAGAUCAGGAGUGGGCUGAGGCAGUGGAGCAGCCAAAGGAAAGGCCUCCAGCACCAGAGACCUGGUCUCCUCUACUAACCAACGUGUGCCUGUGCACGGCGCUGGCCCUCAGUGCAUAUGUCUGCUAUCGAGCCUAUUUCCACUGAUGUCUGUCCCUCUGCCUCGUUUUUUUCGUUCCUCACUGUCUCUCCACUGAUGUCAAAGUGGACGGGGUUGAUCAGUUAGCCUGCUGUGACUGUGCGAGUGGAAGAAUUGUUUGGACUUUUCUGCUUCACUCGUUUAUUUUAGAAAAUGCAGUUCAGGGGGUCGGCUGGUUGGAGUUAGGAAAGCUGCCAGUUAACCCACUUUUCAAGAAGUCAUCUUGGACGCUCAGGGCCUUGUUUUUUUCAGGUGUCACAUCCCAAAUACCCGUGCUGACUUAAAAACAGACUGAAGAGAGAGUUUGUACCUAAAGAGAGGAUAUUGUACCGUCAGUAGAGGGAGAGAGAUCUGUUUUUAUUAGUUGAACCAGGAUAAACAGCCUGUCAGGGCUCCUUAGCCCCACUUUAUUUACCAAACAUGUUCUUCCAUUUCAGCCAGAAAUCAAGGAGCCAGAUUUUCAUCCAGCCAGCCUAAAAAUAUGCCAGUAAGGGAGACAUUUCUGAAAAAUGGUUCGUUUUCCCCAAAAUGAAUCCCUGAAGAAAGAUAAAUUAUGUGACGCUCCAAGGGUAGUGAGCCUGUGCCCACUGGACAAGAGUCACAUACAUGAGAUUGUUCUGUACUCACUCGUGGAGUCACCAGUAGAGUACAUACAAUACUGUCAUUUGGGAUUUGUGUUUUUGUCUGUAUUUUUGUGAGAGGGGUGUGCAGUUGAGGUCUCUACUAAAGGCUAAAUUUAGUCUGAAUUAUGAAAAUAACAUUUAAAGUUCAUCAGAUGUGAGAUGAAGAGAAAACGGUGCUGAGACGAGGUGAUGUGUCUCACUCUCAGUUCACCUGGCAUCCUCAAACUGACAUUGGAGGUAUCUGCAGGUUGUUUUUAACGCUCUAACACUUGGCUCAGUCACUUUUUAAGGGAAUACCUUUUUUUCAGCCUGGUGGAUAAAUGUGUGUAAAGAUGUUCGAUGCCAAAAGAGUGUAACGUAACCAAACAGCAAUGUAAUGUAAGCGUAUUAAGUCAUGAGAGUUACACACAGGAAUGCCAGCUUCUUGAGACACGAAGUAACACCCUCUCUCUGGUAACACCCAACUCUUUUCUGCCAGCAAUACAAACACCCGUUAAUGUGUCACCCUUUACUUCACCAAACUGAGUUUGAACAGGGAUUUUAAACAAACCAAAAACCAAACACCAGCACAGGGAUGAAAACAAAACACUGAAGUGAAGAUCUGUUGUUUCAUAGUGUGGCCCUGAGCUGGAGAUCUUUUUUUCUAUGAUUUUUUUUUUAGCAUGCUGCAUUUGUGAAUCAACAGGUUUUGUCCUAAAAAGAGAUUAGCUGAGCUGCUAGCAUUCAGUUUACCUUUGUGACUCCACGGCGAGUCUGACAACUGUACCUUUCUUUAGAAUGUAUAAAUGUCCUCCACAGGGACAAACUCUUAUUAGAUAGAAAUAUAUAUUUUUUUCAGGUCAGGUUUCAGUGUGCUGAGUUUUUCCUUUUAGUUUGUUUAAUUCAGCUUUAGCAAGGGAUUAAAUCUCAGCACCUGUGCAGCCAUUGCACCAGGUUCUCCUGUUUUUCUACACUUAAUGCUGAGCUCAAAAACAUGUAUUUUUUUAUUUACUUUUGUUGUUUUCCUUUUUGAAUAAAAAAACAACUAUUGGA